UUUUGUUUCACUCAGCAGGGGUUUGUGAACUCUCCCAGCGCCAUAGCCAGCGGUUCGUCGACGCGAAGAGGAUUGGAAGUCGUAGUCUACGCGCCUUAGCUGCGCGUUUUAAGGCUCCCUCCGUCCGUCCGUCAGCCGGUUCGUCCGUCGUCCGUCCGCCCGCCCGCCCGUCCGUCCGCCCGUCGGUCCGCCCGGCCGUCCUUUUGUUCGUUCAGUCGUUGUUCAAUCGUUCGUUGGCGUGUCCUUGUAUUGAAGAAAGCACGACGUGCCAUGUGGCCAUCUGUGACCGCUUCAGUCCGUUCGGUUGAGUUCUGCUUUCAGCAGCUGGCGCGGAAAGCCGCCGGCGCUCUUGUUGUUGGUGAUAGUACUCCACUCCAAUCUAUCUACUACUCUAUUACCUUGCCUGAGUAAAUAAGCUAGCGACUACUCACUCGAAAUCACAAUCGAGUCGCUUGUGGCAUCAGUCAGAACAGCGUCGUCGCCGCCGUCGCCGUCGUUGUUUGACGUCGUGCGCUUGCCGCACGCCCUUAUUAGCGUUCUUCGCCCUCUUCCUUCCGAAGAAGAGGCUCCUUUACUCGUGACCUUGUUGAAUCGCUUCAGUAUAGGUGGGUGGAGGUGGUAGACAUGCAAAGCAGUAGCAGUGAGGGUAGUUUGGAGGGUAGAUAGAGACGACGGCAGCAACCUUAUGCUUUCUUGCGCGAGCGAACGGGCAACAGGUAUUUUCCCUCGCGGCUUGGAAGUACUCGUUGAUUGAUCGAGAGCUCGCAAGAGCGAGCAGCAGCUUGGCCAAGAUUGUGUUGUUGGUUGGAUAGGCUGAGUACAUACGUACAGAACAGGGAGGGUGGGAUAUCUCGCGCGGAGGGGAGGGGAGGGGAGUGGGGUGCGUUCUUCUUUGCGCUCUGGAAACGAAGAGGAAAGGCGGAAGGUGAGUGGAGAGAGGGAGGAGGGUUGAGGCAGACGGUCAGCGAGGUAUAUAGUGCUGGAAAGGGGGGAUUGCCACGGCAACGCGAGGCGAGCGCGCGGGGGGGAGUUGGAUACGGUGUCGAAGGAAGAGGGCGACGGACGUUCUGGCGUCCGCAGGGGGGAGAGAGAAGUGGGUGGUGGUGGUGGGGGGCGAAAGGCGUGCUCGCCGCCGCACGACGUAGCGGAGGGCAUGAUUUAUGACUGCCUCACGAAGCUGGACGGCAGCAGCAGCAGUGGCAGCAGCAGAAGAAGAAGUGAAGUCUCCUUUGAAGAAGGAAGGCGAGCGCAGGUAGUCGCUGGUCCGCGACCGGUGAGUGUGGGGUGGUCGUUGGUGACAUGCGCUCGGUCGCCGACUGCUAGUAGACGGUCGCGGUGGCUUCGAACGGCUUUCUUGUGGGCUUUUCCUGACGCGGCGCAGGACAGUGGUGGCGGCGGCGCUCAGCUGUCAGCAGCUCCUGUCACUAGAGCGGCGGGGAGGUAGGUAAGUGCGGUAGAUGUCGUGCAUCCCUAAAGGCGGCACCCUCCACAUCCGGGAGGUAUGGGCCGAUAAUCUUGAAGAUGAAUUUGAACUCAUAAGGGACAUUGUAGAUGACUAUCCUUAUCUCGCCAUGGACACGGAGUUCCCUGGAAUCGUUUGCAGACCGGUGGGUUCGUUCAAGACGAGCGCGGAGUACCACUACCAGACCUUGAGGUGCAAUGUGGACAUGCUGAAGUUGAUUCAGCUGGGGCUGACGUUCGCGGACGAGAACGGCAACUUGCCCCAGUGUGGGACCAACGAGUUCUGCGUGUGGCAGUUUAACUUCAGGGAGUUCAAUCCGAGAGAGGACAUGUACGCUCACGACUCGAUAGAGCUGUUGAGACAGAGUGGAAUAGAUUUCAAGCAGAACGAGGAGAGAGGGAUCGACUCGGUACGGUUUGGCGAGUUGUUGAUGUCAUCGGGAAUCGUGCUCAACGAUAGCAUCCAUUGGAUAACCUUCCACAGCGGCUACGACUUCGGUUAUUUGUUGAAGCUGUUGACAUGUCAGAACCUACCGAGCGGGGAGUCGGAGUUCUUCGCGUUGCUGAGAACCUACUUCCCGACGAUCUACGAUGUAAAAUAUUUGAUGAAAUUCUGCGACAAUCUGCACGGAGGGCUCAAUCGGCUGGCGGAGACACUGGAGGUGGAGAGAAUUGGCCCUUGUCAUCAGGCGGGGUCGGAUAGCCUCGUAACAUCGUGUGCAUUCAAGAAGCUCAAGGAGGGGUUUUUCAAUGGGUCGACGGAAAAGUACAUUGGUGUCCUUUACGGAUUGGGUGUAGAUUGUGAAUCCUAGAGAGAAGAAUUUCAGAGAGAGAGAAGAGAGAGAAGAGAGAGAAGAGACGAGUGAAAGAGAGAAAAGAGAGCGAGUGUGAGAGAAGAUUUAAAAUAGAUCAGAACCAUCCUUCAAUCCAUUCAUCGAACAGCUGCUGCCUCUUUCAUUUCCACCUUCCUAUCAGGGCGAACUUAUUGUCUAUAAUUUCCCUCGCGGCGAAGGCCGCAUUUCCAUUGACAAGAAAGUAGGAACAUUUUUCUAUUUUGUAAAAUCAUCU